AUGAGCAACGACACAUCAGCUACGCAGAACGGCAUGGAGGUUGACAAGGAGGAUAACUUGACCGCUGAACUGAAAGCCCAAAUGGUGAGAUUCCUUGCAUCUCCAGUAAAUUGCAAGUUGUUUGUACAGAAAAUAUCUAUCAAAGGCCAUUCAGAACUGAGGAAAGCAGAAAUUAUUUUGGCCAGAGAGACCAACAAACAGCCACCUACAAUGGAAUACUAUGUGCACUAUGUCGAAUUUAACAAACGUCUGGAUGAAUGGGUGCCGCUCAGUCGAUUGGAUUUCUCAAAAGGUGUAGAAUUCCCAAAGCCAGUUGUGAAGAAGCAAAAGAAGAACAACCUUCUGGACACAUCGACAGCAACGAGCCGAGCUUCUACCCCAUCCAAACGAAAAGGAGACGAAGAAAGCACAGAGGAUGCCAACAUUCAAGAGGAGAUUGUCUUGGCUGAGGAAGGAGAGGACGAAGACGAGGAAGGCACUGUAGUAAAGAAGAGUGAAUCGCAUCAACCCACAUUUUCCAAGGAGCAAGAAAUCGAAAAGCUACGAACAUCUGGCUCCAUGACUCAAAACCUGAGCGAGGUUGCUCGUGUAAAGAACAUGAACAAGAUUCAAAUGGGCGAGCAUGAAGUAGAGACUUGGUAUUUCUCUCCUUACCCCAAGGAAUAUGCCUACUGUGAUACACUGUACAUUUGCGAAUUCUGCCUACUCUACUACGAAUCUCACAAGCGACUGGAGCGACAUCGUACUCGCUGUCAACUACAGCAUCCGCCAGGCAACGAAAUUUACAGAAAAGACGAUAUCUCAUUCUUUGAAAUUGAUGGACGAAAGCAGAAAACAUGGUGCAGAAACCUGUGUUUACUAUCCAAGUUGUUCUUGGAUCAUAAAAUGCUGUACUACGAUGUAGAUCCAUUUUUGUUCUACUGUAUGACAAAGCGAGACGAGCGUGGAUGUCAUCUUAUUGGCUAUUUCUCCAAGGAAAAGGAAUCCGCAGACAACUACAAUGUAGCUUGUAUCUUGACAUUACCACAACACCAGCGCCAUGGCUACGGUAAACUGUUGAUUGCAUUCUCGUAUGAACUAUCCAAAGUGGAAGGAAGAACUGGCUCGCCUGAAAAGCCAUUGUCUGACCUGGGUCUCAUGUCGUAUCGUGCGUAUUGGACUGAUACCAUUGUUGGUUAUUUACUGUCUUCCACAGAGGAAGUAACCAUUGAAGAAAUAUCCCAAAAGACAUCCAUUACAACUCAAGAUAUUUUGCAUACGCUGCAAAGUAUUGGUGCUCUAAAAUAUUAUCGUGGUCAGCAUAUUAUAUGCUUGGGCGAUAAAGUAGUUGAACAAUGGGAGAAGAUUCAACAAAAGAAAAAACGGUUCAUUUCGCCAGAGAAAUUGGAUUGGAAACCCAUCCAUUUCACUUCAUCUCAAUUGAGAUUUUUGUAA